AUGGGAAUUACAAGUGAAAUUUUGCUACAUUUUCCCGAAGAUGGAAGACAUUUAACCGGAAAAUAUAUAAGAGGUGUAGUGCGGUUCCAACUUGAUAAGGAAACAGUGUUCAAGAAGAUAAGUCUGUCUUUAGUUCAGACAGGAUUCUGUGAGUGGUACGACAGAGUACGCAGAGACAGGAACGAACGACAUAAAAGAAUAGGAAAUAUGUUGCAAGGACACGAAAGUGCUGUUCCUAUAAAAAUCUACUUUUUAAACAAGAAAGUAGACGACAAUGUAACUCUUAGUGCGGGAUCGUAUGAGUAUCCAUACGAAAUGGAAAUUCCACAAAAUAUUCCACCAUCAUUUAGGUCACAAAAUGGAAAAAUCAAGUAUCAUUUAGUACUGAAGUUUAAGAAACCUGGUCUUUUGAAAAGGACGAAGAGCAUUCAAACAGAAGUGCAAAUAUUUCCUCAAGUUGAUCCUUCAAUCAUAGAUGCACCAACCGCUUUCGCUUUAGACAAAAAUUUGACUAAAAUGUUUGCUUCAAACAAUCAAGAAAUUAGAAUUAUUGGAGAGCUUGAAAAGCCAUAUUUAUCCUACUAUAAUGAAAACAAGUUAUCAUUGGCUGUCACCAACAACACCGAUUUGAACUUUACUAUUAAAACUGAAUUGAGAAGCAAAGUGACGUAUACACAUGAUCACUCAAUGGGCAUGCAUGGCGAUGAAGAAUUUGUAAAAGAAGUGAUUGGACCUAUAUACGAGAGUCCGGUUGUACCUGAUAAUAGUGUAUCAAAUAUUAUUAAAGUCAUAUUGCCAGUGGAUCCACAACAAUAUACAGUGAGGCACUCAGCAAUUAUAUCGAGGGAGUACAAAUUGAAAGUGACAAUACAAAUGCCAAUGCCACAUCGUAAUGUAUCUGUUAAUAUACCCGUGUUUGUAGGAGAUAGAAGAUUGACUAAAGCAAAUGCUGAAAAUCAAAAUAAUGAGGCCGUAAAAGAACCACCGACAUAUUGGCACGUGAUGUCCGAAGAUAAAUGA